AUGAGGUCUAUUGCUGUCAAAAAGAUCGUUCUGUUUGGUGAUUCACAGAUUGAGCAAAGUUCCAACCAAGCUGGUGGAUUCAACCUUGCACCGGCGUUGCAGCACGAAUACUGGUCCAAGUUACAGGUCGUGACACAUGGAUACGGCGGGUACAACACGGAACAUGGACGCCAUAUCGUCGACGCUAUUCUCCAGGCAGAGGCACCGGUAGCGAGGCAAUCCACGCACACUCGCAAUGUCAGGAUCAAGUUGUUAGUGAUCUUCUUUGGCACGAACGAUGCGGCAGAUCCCAAUCACAACACACUUUCACAAAGCGUGCCCGUCGAGAGAUACAGGGAAAAUCUUUGCUUUAUGGUAGCAGCAGCCAAGCGACAGGGAGUUGAAGCCGUGAUUCUCGUAGGACCUGCACCAGUCAACGAGCUCGCACCCGAAGCCCCACUAGAUCGAGAUACCAAGAGGGCAAGACUGUACUCGGACGCCGCGGCAGAGGUCGCCAGGCAUUUGGGAAAGCAGAACAAUGUCGCAUUCGUUGAUCUGUGGAAUGCCUUUAUGGAUGCUGCAGGGUGGAUGGAAGGACAACCUAUUCCCGGGCGGAGGGAAUGCGUUGGAGGCCUUCAGCUAAAUUCAUCAUCUCAAGCCCUCGCCACUUCUGGACCGCUUGCCGAGUUAUUGGCCUCGGAUGGUGUCCAUUUUACAGCAAAGGGAUAUCGUAUCUGGUACAACUUACUGCUGCAGACUGUUCGCGACCAGUGGCCGGAGCUCAGGUCUGAGAAUCUGAAGACAAUUUUCCCACACAUUUUUGACAUAGAUUCGACCGACCUGCCGUCUUCACUAUGGCAGCAUUCAGAGGAAGACUGA